GACCCUGCAAUGUCUGCUCAAGACGAAAAACGUGAACUCGAAUCUGGUCUUUCCACAUCUACAACAAGAAGACCACAGCGAAACUUCUUUGGACCAUCCAAUAUCUCAAACAAGGAGCAAGGGUCUUCUCCAAAUCAUCUCAACAAUAGAAAUCGACGAAACAGCGACCAAAGACCUCAUCCUCUUGACAGUGAAGUGAAAAAUGGGGCUGUUAAAAUUGGAAGCGCCCCAAAGAAAAAAUUUCGGCAAAGAGUCACGAGUGAUCAGGAGUUGAACCAAGAUCCACAGCUGACUCCUCUAGGAAACUCUACUCCUCUGCAAACUGGCUCUGUUCCUCAAACACCAGUUGCUGUGUCAGACAUACAAAAGGGACGUAUGUCUUAUUCCAAUACAACACCAAGGCAACAACCCAAUUCUGUUCAACGAACUCGAAAAAUCACAAUUUUCAAGCCAUAUCUGGACGAGGACAGAGUUCAGCAAGGCUUACAGAAAAGUCUUUUUUUAAAGGGAGUUAUUCGAAUAAAUCAACGCAAAUAUGAGGAGGCUUUCAUCAAUAAUCCAGCUGGAAGUGAUCAAGCUGAUAUCGCAAUUUUGGGCAUGCCAGAUCGAAAUCGCGCCUUGCAUGGUGAUGUUGUUGCUGUUUGUGUGAGGCCAAGGGCAUUUUGGGUGGUCAAUGAAGAGCUCUACAAGGAUUGGAAGAAGGGAGCUUUGCAAAAGACAAGUGCAGUUGAGAAUGAG